AGACCCAUAGACUUACAGAUCCUCUCUUCUCUAUAAUAGAAUAUAUGAAUUUUGACAUGUCCUGAGAUUGGCUUGGCGUGGCCGACAACCAUCCUAGAUUUAGAUCUAGAUCUAAGUAUUAAAAUAAAUCUUAACUCGCAGUAAAUCAUGUCCCAGGACUUAGUCAAACCUAAGCGCAAUGGUGAACAAUUUAUCAGUCCUUGGGAAGUGUGGACAGUCUCUUUCACUAAACUCUUCAGAUUUUUAUUUCUAACUAGAAGUGAAGGAAAUAAUCCACAAAAUGAGCCUCUCGACACAAUGCUGCCGGUGAUCAAAGAUGAUCUGUCAAAGUUCAACACACAGCCAGCCCUAGGUAUCAGACACAUGUGGAUUGGUCAUGCCACAUCGCUUCUACAGUUUGAUGGAGUCACAUUUCUGACAGACCCCAUUUUUAGUGACUAUUGCUCUCCUUUAAGAAUGUUAGGGCCCAGGAGGUACAGGCCUCCACCUUGUACAGUCCAAGACUUGCCACAUAUUGACUUUGUGCUCAUUAGCCAUAAUCACUAUGACCAUUUGGAUUAUAGCACAGUGGUACAAUUAAAUGACAGGUUUGGUGACAACUUGACCUGGUAUGUUCCAUUAGGUCUCAAGCAGUGGAUGAAUGAUAGUGGAUGUAACAAUGUGAUUGAGAUGAACUGGUGGGAAGAACACACAAUCAGUGCGAAAGAUGUCAGAGUCAUCUGUACACCAUGCCAGCACUGGUGUCGUCGUGGCAUUUGGGAUACAAACAAGGUUCUGUGGUGUAGUUGGUGUGUCAUUGGUCCAAAGUCUAAAUUUUACUUUGCUGGAGACACAGGCUACUGUGAUGUGUUCAAGACCAUUGGCAAACAUUACGGCCCAUUUGACUUAGCGACAAUUCCAAUUGGUGCUUACAACCCCAGGUGGAUGUUAGCCUAUCAGCAUGUUGAUCCAGAAGAAGCUAUAAAAAUACACAUUGAUGUUAAAGCCAGUCAUUCUAUUGGAAUACAUUGGGGGACAUUUCCCAUGGGAGCAAAAGAGUUUUAUCUGGAGCCAAGAACAAAACUAGAGCAGCUCAUGAAAGAGAAAGAAAUGGAUCCAUCCAAAUUUUGUACAGUGCCCCAUGGCAAGAUCAUCACAAUAGGAGAGGAUGCAAUGACUUGAUUAUUUCUUUAAUUGUUGGCUGUAGUGUUGGACAAUGUGAAUUUUUUUUAACUUUGACAUGUUAGUAUUAUUUGUGAAUGUUUAGUAAUCCUGGUAUUUGAAAUUAUGGUGUAAUAAGAAAGAUAACUCUGUCUCUUAUAACAAGUUUACUAAUUAUUUGCUCUUUUUGUUCUUUAAAUGCAAUAAAGUAACAUAAAUUAUUUUUUUUUUUUUUCUCGGAAACAUGUUUUUUUAAUAGAAAUCUUUCACCUCACUGUAACCAUGUCAAAUCAUCGAUAAUUUCCAUCUCUUGUGGGAGUCUUGGACCAGGAUGUAAUAGUCUUCAUUUUUGAAGACUCUUCUAAAACUUAAAACUCUCUAAUGUACUUUUUAAAAAGUUAUCUGCAAUGGAGUGUGCAAUAGUUAUGGAAGUACUCUAGCCAUCUUGCCUUUGGCAAUCUAUUCUUUGAGAGUCUCCCAUAUUCAUUAGCUAAUUGACUACACUGGGAAAUCUGACUGUUAUAAUUUUAAAAAAUAUUAUCUUCUUCAAUUAAAUAUGGUCUAGACAAACUUUAUCAUGACAUGCAUGUCUAUAUUUAUCUUGAACCAACAUACAUGAGAGGGUAUGUAGGCCUUAUUCAUUAAAGAGAAAAUGAAAUAAA